CGUUGACUUUUUUCACUGGCUUCGGAUCGGAUGAAGUGCCACUUGCAGCGGAAGCAUUAAAAGGCUAAUGGGACUCGCAUCGCGGUGGCAAGUGGAGAUGCGUAGUAUAAGGAUGGACCCGGCAUCGAAGCUUGCAACCGAUCCCAUUGGGAGACGGGAAGAGACGUGUUGCCGCCCUCGGCGGCGUCCAGCCUGGCAAUCUCUCGCUCGCGAAUCACGAGGCGUACGCGGCCUCCGAAGCUCCGCCAUCACCACCCUCGUCGGCGGUGUGCGUCACCCGUACAAUUGUACCUCUCCCACCUACGUGGACGGCUCGCCGGCGGAGAACAAGAAGGGCAAAAAGGUCCGGACGUAGUAACCGACGGUCCUGAUUCGUCGCUGUCUGUGACAUCCCGCGCCAGCUGCGUCUUCCGGCUCUGCUGUCCCCGCCACUUACCCAUAACUUAAUUAGCGGCAUCUACAUUGCUAAUAAUCACAAGAGCAGUUGUUAUUAAUAGUAGUUAUGUGCAAAUUACGAUGUGGGAAACGAAGCUAUUACUGCAAACCACCCUUUUUCUUUGAUUCUAUGGUCGGAAGAAGAAGAAGCUAAAAGAGUGAACUUUUCCCUUUCUUGAUCUCUAUCCCAAUCUCUUUUGCUGCUGCCACCGCAAGAACAAAAGAGGAGAUGGAGUAGGGUGGGGCGAGCCAGUGGGGGCGGAGUGCAUCGCCGGGCUGCGGCGAUCGCUUCGAGCCUAAGGGAUCCGAGUGCUGAAGCCCAAGCCCUGCUUGGAUUCCUCGAUUUUGAUCGAGAGCCGGGUCGGUCUUCCUUCUUGUUCGCUCUGGCGGGGAUCAGGGCCACGUUCGCCCUCCUCCUGGUGUCCGCGAUCGCUCGCUUCGCCGAUCUCUUCGAUUUUAAGACUCGCGGACGCCGCCGGCGCCGGCGUAGUGGCGGAGUCAUGCUCUGGGUCGUCCGCCUCUCCGGUUUGUGCUCCCUUACCAUGGUCAUGGUAGUGCUGUCCCCCUCCCUCCAAUCCUUCCCCCCCGCCGAGGCCAUCCGAUCGUCUCACUACCUCCGCCUAUACGGCGGCUACAAUCACCAUCUCGCCGCUGCCUCCGACGACUCCGAAGACCUCGUGUUCCGGCGGGCGCCGCCGUUCCACAAUGCCGCAGAUUGCGAACCUCCGUCGGCGAACGGCACCUCGGUCUGCGACUCCUCGCUGGUGCACAUCGCCAUCACCCUCGACGAGGAGUACCUGCGCGGCUCGAUUGCGGCCGUCCACUCGGUGCUCGCCCACACCCGGUGCCCGGAGAGCGUGUUCUUCCACUUCCUGGUGUCGGAGCCGAGCCUGGAGCCGGUGGUGCGAUCCGCUUUCCCGGGGCUCCGGUUCAAGGCGUACUACUUUGACCCGGACCGUGUGCGAGGGUUGAUCUCCUCGUCGGUGCGGCAGGCGCUGGAACAGCCGCUCAACUACGCGCGCAACUAUCUGGCGGGCAUCCUCGAGCAUUGCGUGAGGCGGGUGAUAUACCUCGACUCCGACCUCGUGGUGGUCGACGACAUCGCCAAGCUAUGGCGCACGGAGCUGGGGUCGCGGGCCGUGGGUGCUCCCGAGUACUGCCACGCCAACUUCACCAAGUACUUUACGGACCGCUUCUGGUCCGACCAGCGCCUGGCGUCGACGUUCGCCGGUCGACGUCCGUGCUACUUCAACACGGGGGUGAUGGUGCUCGACCUGGUCAGGUGGCGGCGCGCCGGGUACACGCGGCGGAUCGAGCGGUGGAUGGAGGUACAGAAGAGCGGCGCCGGCCGGAUCUACGAGCUGGGGUCGCUGCCGCCCUUCCUGCUGGUAUUCGCUGGGCACGUGGCGCCAAUCGAGCACCGGUGGAACCAGCACGGUCUCGGCGGGGACAACGUCAGGGGCAGCUGCCGUGACCUCCACCCGGGGCCGGUGAGCCUCCUCCACUGGAGCGGCAGCGGCAAGCCAUGGGUGCGGCUCGACUCAAUCCGGCCAUGCCCGCUCGACCACCUCUGGGCGCCCUACGACCUCUAUGGCCCCGCAGCCUCCUGACGCACCUGAUACUGCCGCCGCCUCCAAAGUAAACUAGCCAUUUCCUCAUCCAUUACGAAUUCUCGCUUCUUUUUUGCUUCCCUUCUCAUGAUUUUACACGUUUAUUAUUCUUUACGGGAUUACUGUGCGUUUCUCUUCCGGGUUUUGUUCUUCCUCCCCACUCCCACUCUUUUGUUGCGAGGCCAUAUUUGUAAUUUAAAGUUAUAUUAUUGCUGACUCCGUGAAUAAAAGAGUAGGCGAUAUACUCACAUUUGUUCCCUAUA